AUGACGGACUCGCCUCGGUCUGAGAAGGAGCUGUGCCUCACCCGAUACAGCACCCCGGUGCCGGAAUUGGAUGAUCACCGCUUCCAAAUGGACCCUCCUCGCCUUGAAGCCAGUAUGGAGGACUCGAGAAACCAGCGCAGCAUCGACCUGGUGGGACCGAUGGGGGAGAGACUGGAACGCCCGGACCUGCUACACGCCCAGGAUGCGCUUCAUCCAGGCCCGUUGUUCCGAGACUUUGAGCAAGCCAUUGUGGAUGACUCGGAUAAUGAAGGACAUCCAAUGGAUCGGCGCUUCUCGGUCGAUCCCGCAGCCCAAUUUCACUCGCCGCGUCGCAUUAGCGUGGGCCAGCAAGAUAUGACCAAUGUCUCGCGACCUUCAUCUGUGUCUGCUCGAUCUUCGUCACCCCCUAACUCAGUGGAAGCGUUUGCCGACCCCCGUCGCCGAGAACGAGCCAACACGCUUGACAGCCAUGGUCCCCCAGAUUUGGAGGCCAUGCUGCAACGGACAGUCUCCGGGGGUACCCACCGCCGGCGUCCGACCUUCAGCAAUGCCAGCAUUAUUCGGCCCCAACCCGGCGAUGUGCCCGAUGCGCAAGAGGAAUGUGUGCACACGUACGACGAACCUGGUCGGAUUCCCGUCAUCGACUAUGAGGAGCUUGAGGAAUUUGUCGCGCUGAACCAACAGGCGAAGGCGAUUGCCAACGCCAACCGCCGCAAGCAGAGUCUGGCCUCCCAGAAAAAUAGCCCUCGUAUCUUUUACGAUCUGCGCCCCGGUGAGAAAGUUCUCGAUGUUGAUGAGAUCAACAAGUCGGAUUCGGCCGACUCCUCUGAAUCGUACGGAGGCCCCGAGUCGGAGAAGUUUCCCGAGAUCGAAGAUGAGAAGCGGUCGGUGGACAAGCUCCAGAACAUCAACGAGCCUACUCGCUUCGGUUUCUUCUCGUCCGAGUCGCAGACGACGGUUCACGCGGCCGAUCUGGGAGAUCUGGUGCUCCCUGGUGACAGCUUUCGUGAUCUCUUCCAGCUGGGUCCCGAGGGUGGUGUGUGGUGGCUGGACGUGGUCAAUCCUACCGAGGAGGAACUGGGUGCCAUCUCCCGAGCUUUCUCUAUUCACCCUCUCACCACAGAGGAUAUUUUGAUGCAGGAAGCCCGUGAAAAGGUUGAGCUUUUCAAGCAGUACUACUUUGUCUGUUUCCGGACGUUCUACCAGAUGGACAAGACUAGUGAGGAGUUCUUGGACCCUGUGAAUUUCUACAUGGUGGUUUUCCGUGAUGGAGUCUUGACCUUCUCCUUCGAUGAGAACCCCCAUGCUUCUAAUGUUCGAAAGCGUAUUGGAAAACUGCGUGACUACGUCUCACUCAGUAGUGACUGGAUCUGUUAUGCCAUGAUUGACGACAUCGUUGAUAGCUUUGGUCCUGUGAUUCGAGAUGUGGAACUCGAAUCCGAGGCGAUUGAAGAUCAUGUCUUCAUCGCUCGUGUCGACGAUUUUGAGUCCUUCUUACCCCGAAUUGGCGGUUUACGUAAGAAGGUCAUGAGUUUAAUGCGCCUGCUGGGCGGCAAGGCGGAUGUCAUCCGUGGGUUCUCCAAGCGUUGUAAUGAGCAGUACGCCAUGACCCCUCGUGGUGAUAUUGGUCUGUAUCUGGGUGAUAUUCAGGAUCACGUCGUGACCAUGAUGUCUAACUUGGCUCACUUUGAGAAGAUGCUGAGCCGGUCACACACCAACUAUCUGGCUCAGCUGAACGUCACCAACUUGGUGCUGGGUAACCACGUCAACAAGGUUCUGAGCAAGGUGACUCUCAUUGCCACGAUGUUGGUCCCCAUGAACCUCAUCUGUGGUCUCUUCGGCAUGAACGUCCACGUUCCUGGAGAGGGCGUUGAGGGAUUGGGGUGGUUCUUUGGUAUAUUGGGUGUGAUGGGGGCUAUCGUUGUUGUUAGCAUAGCCUUAGCACGGUGGCAGAAGCUGGUCUAG